AUGCUGGGUGGCAGCGCCAAAAUAAUCAAAUUUCGAGACGGUUCCGACUGGGAAGACACACACACACGCGUCGAGAUUGAAAGAGGGGAGGCACAGCAGCGGCGUCGAUUGGUCAACCACCACCAAACGGGCAUCCGCAACGACAGCAGCCACGGCAGCACAGACACCGGCAAAUGGCACGAGCAGCAGGGCAUCACCUCGCCACAUGUCGACCCUUCGCGGAUCGGGCGGCAUGCGGAGCCCCUGCCGCCCAUUGCCACCCCUCCGCCUGCCAGCCGAGAUGAAGGAUCGUAUUCGGAUUCAGCCAACCCGAUGCCCGGUCGCGCCACCAUGCCCUCUCAUGCUCGCACCAACCUGGAUCAUCUGGCCCAUGCCCAAGCCUCUACCGUUCGUUACUUGCGUGAGGCGUUGCAGCUUCAGACCGAUAUUGAUGAACGCUUUCAGCUAAGCCAAGAUGUCUGGCGGGACGAAAAGGCAAAGCGCGCUUUACUCAAGGAUCACGUGGCCUCCAUCACCGCCAUCGUUAAGCACAUCAGUCGAGAGCUGGAGCGGGUUGAGCAAAGCGUUCAAGAGCGCAUGAUGGCCACCCACGAAGCUGUGGCGCAGCUGCGCAUGCGACAGGACGCAGGUCUGGGCCGAAUCGGUUGGACAGAAGCCCAACAAGAACACAUCAACGCCUCAAUCCGUGAAGCUGUCAUCGGGCUCCAGUCCGUCCAAGGUUCUCAUCAGGUGCAGCACAGUGGUGCCCAGGCAGAACAUACGGGGUCCCUGUCCGCUGCACGCUUGGCCGGGCUCCAGGACGAGCAAGCAGCACUCAGUACUCGCCUGGCCGGGCUGGAGGCCCGCCUGCAGCAACAGCAACCAGCCAUUCACAGCGCUCACGACGCCACCUCUGAGCUUGAGCGUCGCCUCGUUCAUCAGGAGCUGCAGAGUGCGACGACCGUAGAAGAUCUCCGCCGAGCUGUAGCUGAUCAGGCGGACCGCCAAGUGAGCGCUCUGCAAGCCCUGCGAGAUGAAUUAAGCCGCCAAAGGCGCGAGGACCAAGAAACAGCCAAGGCUGCUUUAGAUGCUGGUCUUGACCAGCUGCGCCAGGCCCUACAAACACGCAUGGAUAAGUUUGAGCAGGAAACACGCGACGAACUAGACCGGUUAGUAACCGAACAACGCCAGCAACGUGCUACUCAAGACGACACCCGUUCUUCCCUCGAGGCUGCCAUCGACAAGCUACGCGAGAGCAUGCGCAACAAGGUGAAGGCUCUAGAAAAGGCGCUGAUUGAAGCCGCCGAAACGAGCACGGCCAUCUCGGAGGUAUCGGAUCUUCGACAUCAAGAACUCAACGCACGUCUCAACAAGGUGCCUUGA